AUGAAGACUUUCGUGUUGCUCUCCGGGCUGAUUCUUCUGUGCGCACUGCUCGCCAUAACCGCGACGCCUGUUGCGGAUGCGAACGUAGUUUCCGAGUCUGAUCCCGUUCCUGCUUUCGCCGAGCGGCGCUUCCCUGCUCUCAUUGGUGGAGACAGGCGCAUUCUAACCGACGACGAUCAUCACGACGACAAACACCACGACGACGACGAUGACGACGACGACGACGACGACGACGAGCCGACGUGCAUGGAAAAGUACAAGAAGCGCUACGCCAAGUGCGAAAAGAAUGAGGACAAAUGCGAGGAAAAGGCCAAGCGCGACGACGACAAAAAUGAGUGCGAGAAGAAGUCCAAGGGGUGCGAGGUGAAGGCAUACAGGAGCUUCAAGGCGUGCAAGUAUGGCAAGUGGGACUGCAAGGACUGGUGUGAGUAUUACAAACGCCAGUGCUAUUCCAAGAAGAGGGGCCACUGUGAGGACAAGUACGACGACUGCAAGGAUGACUGCUAG